GCAUUUUUUUCUCGUGCCACAUGAUAAAGUUGCCGCGAACGUAGGCGCAACGAUAUAUUCGCCGGUAAUUAGAGACGGGAGGAGAGAACCUACGAAAAAGAGAUAUAUAACCGCACACUUGCCGAGUGCGCGAGUGUAGGCGUACUAACUGACAAUUCUUCUCACGACGAAGUCAACAUAUAGUGAGCUUGCAUACACGCAACCGAACACACGAGACUUUAACUCCGAACAGUCAGGCCGGAGUGUCACUUCCGUCUAGUCUGUGACAAAUCGCGCUGUCAGAGUUCAUUCGCCGACUUAUCGGUCUGUGACGAAGUUCAGUGUAUCGAACCACGUGGUCAAACGCACAUUUUUUAAUUUCCUUAUAAUGUCGCGCGGACUUUUCCGAGAUGCGGCGAAGAACAAUUCGUUGGAAUAUUGAGAUACCAGAAGAACCGCAGCAUGUCGAAACUGUCGAGGAACAAAUCUUAAGUGCAAAAGAUGAGCGAGAAGAUGUGCAGAAGAAGACGUUCGCCAAAUGGAUAAACUCGCAACUUCUUAAGAAUCAUCAUGAGCCGAUCAACGAUCUGUUCGUCGAUUUACGAGAUGGAAAUCGCUUAUUGUCUCUCCUGGAAGUGCUCACUUCCAAGACUUAUAAAAGAGAACGCGGUCGGAUGCGAGUGCAUCAUCUUAAUAACGUUAACAAGGCGUUGCAGAUUCUUGAGCAAAAUAAUGUGAAACUUGUCAAUAUUAGUAGCAACGAUAUAGUCGAUGGUAAUCCGAAACUGACACUCGGUUUAGUAUGGAGUAUUAUUCUACAUUGGCAAGUACAUUAUCAUUUGAAAGAUUUGAUGACGGAAUUGCAACAAACUAAUUUGGAAAAGACACUUCUCGCUUGGUGUCGUCAAAACUCGAAGAAUUACGCUGGCGUUGAUAUUAAAAAUUUUACUACUUCGUGGUCGGAUGGAUUAGCAUUUAAUGCGAUCUUACAUAAAUGGAAGCCUCACUUGUUUGAUUUUAAUAACAUCGCACGUAAACAUCCAAAUGCCAGAUUAGAUCAUGCUUUUCGACUCGCGCAUGAACAUCUCUCUAUCGAACGACUUUUGGAUCCCGAAGACGUAAAUACUUCGGUACCGGAUAAGAAAUCUAUAAUGAUGUACGUUAUGUGUCUCUUUCAAUCAUUACCGCAUUCCGGGGACGAUAUUGGUGAAUUAGAUCUUUCAAUCGCAAGCGACAGCACUCCAGUUAGUCCAGUUACAACACCAGGAACAGAGAAUGCUUUAUCAUUCAGUAAUUUCGGAAUGCCAUCUUCCCGUCCUGUAAGUCUGGCCACAAAUGUUUCCGUUGAGCUUGGUGGCUAUCAAGUUGCUCUCGAGGAUGUUCUAACGUGGCUUUUGGAGGCGGAAGAUAAAUUACACAAUGGCCCCGAGCCGGGCGCGACUCUAGAUAUAGUGAAACAACAAUUUCAUGAGCACGAAAGCUUCUUAAUAGAACUAUCUGGUCAUCAGGAUGGAGUGGGAGCCGUGCUAGAAGAAGGUGCAAGAUUGUUAGCUGAAGGCGGACUGCUUAAAGAGGAAGAACACGAAAUCCGUCUGCAAAUGUCUCUACUGAAUUCUCGAUGGGAAGCAUUACGAAUGCGCGCUAUGGAAAGACAAACUAGAAUACACGAGGUCCUGAUGCAAAUGCAACAGACUCAGUUAGACGCACUGCGACAGUGGCUGAUGAAAACGGAAGAUCGAAUUUCUCUGAUGGCAGCGGUCGAAAUAAAUCCUUCAACUCUCGAGAAACAAACGAAACUUGUCAAUGAAUUAGAGCAAGAUAUACAGGGGCAACAAAAUGUAGUCGACAGUAUGAGAAACAUGGUAGUGGUCAUGGAUGAAGAAAAUUCCGAGACGGUUUACGCGCAGAUAGAAGAUGAAUUGUCCGCUCUCGGCGAACGUUGGAGUCACAUUUGCCAGUGGAAAGAAGAACGACGUCAGCGAUUGGAAUCUUUAUCUACGCUUUGGCAGAAUAUCACUGACGAUUACAAGAGAUUAGUAACGUGGCUCAAUGAAACAGAAAUUACAUUGAAGCAAAUGGAAGCUAAUCCGGCGUCUGAGUUUGGCGAAAUGCUAGAUAGAAUAAAAAAGUUACAGGUUCUUAAAGCGGAAAUGGAUAUAAAUCAGAAGAAAUUAGUAUCUCUUCAAGAAUCAAUUCAAGAUUUAGAUGGCAAUAGCUCGUCCUCAGAAUACGCAAAUAUUUUGGAGAAAAUCGAAAAUCUGCAAGAUCGAUGGGAAGCUGUUGGACAAAUAAUGGAGGUUCAAACUCAAAGGAUAACAAAUUCUGGAUUUGAGUUUGACUUAAGAUCUGAGGACAGCACAACAACUAUUAAAGGAAACGAAUGGAUGUCCGAAACGGUAACGAGUAUAGCGUACAAAGAAGAAAUAACUGCAACGUCGACUCCUCAUAGCAAUUCGAAGAAACGGCGUGUCGAUAGUACCACUAAACAUGAGUUUGAAUCGGCAUUGCUUCAUCUAUAUAAAUGGCUCGAUUAUGUUGAUCUAGAAAUCGGUCGUUCCGAAGGAGUUUUUGACGAAUUAAGCGUGGAAGAAAAGAAAGUGGUUUACGAGGAUACACUUGUAGAAAUGGAAUCGCAUAAGAGUGAAUACGAGAGAGUUCUCGAAAUUGGCAAACAACUUAUUGAAGAGUUAGAAACUGCAAACGAGUCUUUUGAAGAAGAAGAAUCCAAGCUUAAGGACAUAGACAAUUGUUGGAUAGCGACAAACAAUCGUCUUCAGGAAAUAAAGAAACGUAUAGAUUAUUUGGACGAAGUAAAGAGAUUCCGCACUGAACUGGCUAGUCUAAAUCUAAUGUUGGAAAGUUACACAAAAUGGUUUGACACAAAUAAAAAGAACAAUCAGAUAGAACUAUUCAGAGUCAAAAUGAAGUCAAUGAAAUCUCAUGAUGAACGUAUAAAAAAGAUGCUCGAAAAAGCAAAAGAAUUAUCGGAAAAUCAAAUUGCAAGUACAGAAAAUAGUAAUAUAGACGCAGAAGUAAAAGUAUUUUCCAUCAAUUGGGAGAAGCUGUGUAAUAUGUUGUCGGAUCGAUUGACUGAAAUAAAUAAUACUAUUGAUCAUACACCGCCGAAAAAAUAUAUUGAGGGAAUUACUAAUCUGACGUCGUUUAUUAAUAACAUGGAAGGUGUUUUGUUAUCAGAGCAUGUACUUAUUUCUGACGAGAAGACUAUGGAAGAACAAAUAAGAAGAUUGAGAGAUAUACAAAACUCACUAAAAGAACAGGAAGAGAUUUUUAAAUACGUUAACUCUACUGGACAAGAUCUAAUAGCAAAGAUGAAUGAUGAGUCUUUAGAACAACGAUUUAAAAAUGAGUUACAGGAUUUAAAUACCAAGUGGAGUGAUAUUCCUAUUAUUUUGGAAGAGAAGCAACAGACUUGUACCAAAAAUAUUGCAACUCUGCAAGCAUUUAAUACCGAGUUAUCUACCCUGGAAAUGUGGUUGGAAAAAUCAGCGUUACAUUUGGAAGACUUAUCUAAAGACGACAUUAUGGAAAAUAAUUUUGAAGAAACAGAACGUAGAGUAAACCAAAUUCGCUCAUUUUUUCAGGAAAUAGAUAAAACAAAACCACAGAUAGAAGCACUUCGAAUAUCGGCAAGCAAGAUACUGGAAAAAUCCGAACCUAAUUUUGCAAGUUUAAUAAAUAGUAAAUUAGAAGCUGUAACAUUCAAGUGGACUGUCAUUUUUGAUGAAACAAAAAAUCUGCUCAACAAAUACGACGGCGCUUUGAAGAAAAAUGACGAUAUUAUAAACGGCAUAGAAGAUUUUACGAGGUGGUUAUCGAGUUUAGAGAAAGAGAUACCAGUGGAAUCGAGAAUAACAUCGUCAGUCGAGCUUUUUCAAGUUCGCGGCAGAUAUCAAGCAUUGAAAGAUAAAGUUGACAAACGGGUGGAAGACUUUAGGAAUCUCAACGAAAUGGGAAAUGACAAACUAUUGAGCUCAGAAGGAUCAUCCGUGCAAGAGCUUGGUAGACGCUUUACUUUCUUAAAUGCACGAUGGACCGACGUUACAGAUCGUAUAUACGAACGAUACAGACACUUACAAAAUGCUAGUCACGAAUACGGGGAGUUUCGUGCGUUGGUCGCACAGGAAAGCGAUUGGUUAGAUAAGUUGGAGAAGCGAUUGAAAAAAUCGUCCAAGGAUGCUGCAGACGCGGAAGAAAUUUCAGAAGAGCUGGACGAUCUAGAAAAUUACAUGCGGAAUCACCCGGAAUCUAGACUUAAAAAAAUUCAAGAAAUUGGCAAACAACUUAUUGACAGUAAUAUUAUGACUUUUUCUAUCGAAGCAGAUGUGGAAGGAUUAACGAAUCGAUGGGAAAAUUUAAACAAACAAGCAGGGCAACGGGCCAAGCUGUUGGAAGGAUCAGUGAAGCAGGCCCAGCAAUCAGAAGGGCGUAUCCUUGCUCUUCAGCAUUCGUUAACACAAAUAGACUAUGUACUAACAGCACGUCUUGAUUGUGACCUCACUGCUGAUGACUUGCCUCACGAUUAUCAGAAAUUAAUGGAUGAGUUGGAACAACAGCGCGCUACGCUUGAAGAAAUGGCAUCACAAAUUGAAUCGUACAAAGCAUCCGGGAAACAAGAAGCGGCACUGCGACUGCAAGAACAAAUGUCCCUGAUUGAACAAAAGUAUACUAAAGUGCAAAGAAAGUUUCAACGCUUUCGUUGUUCGUCUAAUAUCGAAACGAGAUUGACGAGAGCUUUACGAGAACUCGGAGGUAUAGAGGAAGCAACUUGUUUGCUAGAAUUAUCGUCAGAAGAUCCCGAAGCCAUUGAGAAUCAACUCAAACAUUGCUUGCGAUUUUACCAAACGUUAAGCGAGAUUAAAAGUGAAAUCGAAUCUAUAAUCGUGAUUGGCAGAAAACUGGUUGAGGAUAAAGCUGUUACCGAAUCGGAAAAAUUUUCCAAGCGAAUUGAUAUGUUAAAAGACUUGUAUAAUAAGCUGGGCCUACAUAUAACGGAAUCCAAAUCGAUAUUAGAAUCGGCAUUAGAUUUGUCACGCGACAUACAUAAAAAUUUGACGUAUGUCAACAUGUCGAUCGAAAGUAUAAAUAAGGAAUUAGAUGCGCAAAAAAGUAUGCCUAAUUUGCCAGCAAAUACGAUAUAUAUACGAGAAACCUUGACUGAAGUAAUUCCGCGUCUGAAUAGCAUAAAAGAUAAAUUGCUUAAAUCCCAGGAUGAAUUUUUCAAGUUGUGUGAACCUAUGUAUCUUGACCAACUUAAGGAAAAAAUUUCUGAUGUAAUUACAAGAUUAGCUAACACAGAAAAGAGAUUACGACUCUAUAGAGGUUCAGAGGACGAACCUAAUGUCGACGAAAUAAACGCAUGGCUUUUACAAGUGGAAGAGAAGUUGAAUCAGUUAGAUGCGGUUUCAAUUGACCAACUCACAGAACAUCACUUUGAACAGUGCAAGGCUGUACAAAACGAAAUGAUAGAGGCGAAACCUAAAGUUAAUCAGCUGCAACGCUAUACCUUCUAUCCUAAGGUAGCCGAGAUAUGUGAAAAAUGGGAAGAUAUAUCUAACAGAAUACAGGAAUGGAUCCACAAAAUCACAGACAAUUUGUUAAUAAAAAGUAAAGCAGAAUCGUCCAAGGGGAGAGACAAUUAUGGACGCAACAAAUCACCCAGACAGCUGGAACAAACUUCAGCUGCUCAUCCUAUUAAAAAAGAAAAGAAAUUAAUCGAUGAAAACGAAGCGAUUUACGGCAUAGGAUAUCUUAAUCCUGCGUUUGAUGAUAAUCAAUCUGCGGUCAUUAAGACGCCCGAAAGCUCUCCGAUUGAUGUACCUCAUCGGAGCAGAAAGUCUUCCGCUAAGUCGGAAAAAGUAAAAGCUAAACUGGUAGAUGUUAGUAAAACAGUCAGACGAAAAUUAGACAUGAGUUCUGUGCCCGAUGUUGUUCAGACUUCUCAAGGUGUUCAGAUUGACGAUGACCUGCCUUCACCAUGUUCCGAUACAGAUGUAUAUAUGGCUGACGAGGAAGAAUUCUUCCUGGCUAAAAAUAGUAAACUGUUCUCUCAAGUAUCUAGCAAUACUCUGACAGCAACAGAUACUAAAACGUUUAAUCCGGUUGGAGCGCAACAGAAUCCAUUUCGAGUAGUGGAAGUGAAAGAAAUGGAAAUUAUAAAAUCGGUAGCGUCUCCAGAAGAUCAUGUCAUUUUGCCAAGUGCUAACGUCAGCGUUGGGUUGGUGCCUCAGGUAGUUGAAAGAGUGGAAAUUGUUGAAGACACUGAGACAGAAGCUGAGUCCAUAGAUACUGAUUCGGAAGACAAAGAAGGAAGAGGAAAAUUGUCUUCUGGAAUUGUCUCUGUAGAACAGAUUGUUAAAAAAAAAGAACUUGUACCAAUUUUGAAAAAGAAAUCUCCAGAGCCUGCUAUGAAAAAUAUUAAGAGAAUUAUAUUAAAAUUAGAUUUGGAUAAUAAUCAAGAAAAAGUUAGCGAUUCAAACAAAGAUACAACAUUUUCAAGUAGCGCGCCAUUAAGAAAAACAGAAGCUGCAGGAUUUUCAAAUGCUGAGUGUAGUAAGAGAGAUGAGCAAUUACCAGAAAAUUUAAAUAAGCCAAGAACAGCUUCCACAUGGAAGGAUAAAGAAAGUGUGGCCGAGUAUCUCAUAUUGGACGAUAAUGAAGAGAUUGUAAGGUCUAAUGCAAAAACUAACGAAGAAACCGAUUGUGCUAGAUUACAAGAUGUAGUCUCAACCUCAAAAGAGAUAAACGAUCAGAAAGAAAUGACUUCUGAAAAAGCUAAUGAACCUUUUAAGACACAGAAAAAUGCUGAUACGAGUCGUACGAGCGAGGAAGAUAAGCUAGGUAAAAAAUUAUCGCUGCUGAAACGUUCAAGAAGUCUUUCAAAAGACGAUACACUGGAAGAUUGUGACAGCUUUUACGGCAGCGAUAAGGAGACAGAUGAUGUGUUAAUAUUUUCGGAUGAUACAGAAAUUGAUGUUGAUAGUUCCAGUUCAGAUGAAGAAGAUCCUAAUUUAGGAGAACAUGUUGAGCACCUCUUGGACAAGAUGAAGGUUGAAAAGACCCGGCAAUUUGUGCAACAAAAAACGGAAACAAGAACUUUCAACGAGAAACUUUUCAAAGGUCCAAUAGGUACAUCACGGACAGCGUUGGAGAAAAAUAUUUUAGAAUUCGAACAAAUAGCACAAAUGAUGUUAUGCAGAAUGGACAUUAUGUUAAUGAGCAUUAGUGGCAUUUCUAAUGAGAAGGAUCCUACCAAGCGUCUUGAGAUACUCAAGAGCGAGAUAAGCACCCUCGCACCAGAUGCAGCAGCUUUGAUCAGCAAAGGAGAUGGUUUAGUUAUGACAAUACACAUGACUGAUCCCGCGCGAGCAGAAAAAAUAAAACAUGAACAUCAAGAUAAGCUGAGGAGCAAGUGGCACCAGGUAAUGACAGAAAUCGAGACGCGAAGAAAACAAGCGCAAAAAGCAGAAGAGACUCUGCGCCAAUAUAACAACAUAAUAGCGGAAUUCGAAGACUGGUUUAGAGAUGUGCCAUUAAAGCUUGAACAAGCUAACAAUUACGAGGGCCAGUUAGAAUCAUUUACCGAAGAGUUCGAUGCCAAACAAAUACAAAUACAUAAAUUGAAUGAGCUAGCCGCGGAAUUAAGAAAAUUAAAUGUUGGUUAUUCGGAAUCGGUACGCUAUCACAUUAAUAGCAACUGGCAAAAAGUUAGUUCGCAGUUCAAGAGAUUCAGUGGCAGCAAAGACAAAGACAAACACGUAACCGAUAAAAAAGUAGAAUUGGAUGUUGCGGGAGUUACUCCGCAAGAAUUAAUUGCGCGUCUUAACAAAUUGAGAGAAGCUACAUCGACUGUUUCACGAUCCGUCAAUUCCUUACCGUUGAACGGUAAAGAUUAUGAGCGGUUUGCAAACCAAGAAGAUUGUUUGAAAAAAGUCAACAACGCUUUAAGUAUUUUGAAGCCAAGCGUUGAUGAGGUAAAUUAUAUUUGCGAAAGUGUCACACGGCAAGCGAAAAGAGAGCAAGCCGAUCAAAUAAAACACUUAAGUGAGAAGUUGCACGACGAAUGGACGAACGUUAAUCAAAACUAUAUUGAAAGACAUAAUCGUUGGGUUAAAUGUUACGAAAAAUGGAGAGAACUUCACAACACCUGUCGAACGUUCUUGGAAUGGUUGGACAAGAUGGAAGAUUCUCUCAAGAAAUGUAAUGCCAGUCUCAGCCAAUCUAAAGCGAGCAAAACGAAAACAUUCGAAUUAGAGCAAGAAGUAUCUAGAAUGCAAAGAACGUUGAACAAUAUUAAUGUAGCGAGUGCAGACAUAUCUAGCCGGGCUACUUCUGAAGAUGUAAAGGAAUUACAAAGUAUGGUUGAAAAUAUUAAACAUCGUUGGCAAAAUCUAGUUGCCGAAAUAAACGCGCGAAAAGAGAAAAAUUUUGCUAUGGAGAAAAAAGUGAAUACCGACGGCAGAAUUUUGGAUACGGCGUACAAUAUUGUGGAACAAGUAAAUACUCUGUUAGGAUCUGCGGCAAAUCCUUCGGACGAAACCUCAUUAUCGAUUCGACUGUCGCUAAUUAAGGCAAGAGAAGAAGAACUUUUAACACGGAAAAGAGCUUUGCAAACUUUAUUAAGUCAACAUAACGUUGCAAAAGAAGAAGGCGAGAACAAUAAGCUUCUCACAGAUAUGGAAAAGGCUAAUGUAAAUCUUACAAACCACCGCGAAUAUGUAGAAGGUAAACUUGCGUCGCUUAGAAAAUACAUAUAUAUUCUGGACGCUGUUAUGGCUUGGGUUAUGGAAACGCGAACACGAUUGAAUAUUUCUCAAGAAUUACCGCAGCACGAGCGUAAUGAAAUGAUUAAAAAUAUUAUGUCCAAAGUCAAUGAUCGCGAGAUGGAAGUAAAAGAUGUGUUAGAAAAUUAUACUAAUUUGGAAAAAGAGUGUGAAUCAGCGAAACAGUCUGUUUCUGUUGAACUUGAGGAAAAGUUGAAGAAGCUGAGGGAAGAUUGGCAAUUUAUAAAAUGUUACGGAGAAAAUCAUGAAGUUUUGUCCACAAGUUCUACCGAGACUGCAUCAAAAGAAGUGGAAAGGAGUGUAGGCACCGCAGCACCGGGGGCGGCGGCUGCAGCUGCAGGGGGCUCUCGGGGGUUGUCACCCUCUCCCGCCCCCUCGUCACCGUCGACCCCCGUAACGACUAGCAGCCCCACUGCCUCCGUCUCCUCGCCGUCGUCUUCACCUUCACCCUCUACUUCAGCUUCCGUCCUCGUCGCGGGACUCGAUAAAUCAGUGCUUCAGAUACGUGACUGGCUUACGGUCGAAGAAGAGAUGUUGCGACAACAAUCCGUAGUCGUCGGCGAUGUCGACGAAAUCAUCCAUCUUCUUGACAAACAGAAGAACGUCUUGCGGGAGUUGGAGCAAAAGAAACCACAAUUGGACGAGCUGGUUCAUACGGCCGAGAAUUUACGCGCCGACACGAAUCGACAGCAGUUGCAUGGCAAGGUUACCAAGUUGAGGGAGCACUGGGACGAGACGAAUUCAAAAGUCAUGCAAAGAAAAACGCAGCUGGACAUGAUGCUGGGAGACAGUCAGCGAUACGAGGCGAAGAGAAACGAGGUGGAGGUCUGGCUGGCGCGAAUGGAAACUCGACUUGAGAGAAUGCGAGCUGUUGGACACACUGCCGACGUACUCGAGGCACAGCUCAGGGAACAAAAGUCGUUCCACGCCGAGUUGCAUCAAUACAAGCACCACAUCGAUCUUUUUAAUCAGCUCACUCAGAAGCUGAUAGCGGUUUAUCAGCAGGACGAUACCACACGCGUGAAGAAAAUGACAGAAACGAUCAAUCAACGAUACAACAAUCUGAACACGAGCAUCAUCAAUCGAGGGAAACUACUGCACUCCGCGAUGAACUCGCUCCACAACUUCGACCGGUCUCUAGACAAGUUUCUGGCCUGGUUGAGCGAAGCGGAGUCCUCGAUGGAGGGAUUAGAAGCGGAAGCCGAUCGACUGGGCGGACGGCGGGACCAGGGCGCGCUCAGACGACCGCAACAUCAGCUUAAGGAUCUUCAGUCGGAAAUCGAAACGCACCGAGACGUUUAUGCAUCUCUCAACGGCACCGGACGAAAAUUAUUGAGCUCACUGGCGAGUCAGGAUGAUGCUGUUAUGCUGCAACGUCGACUGGAUGAAAUGAAUCAGAGAUGGCAUCACCUAAAGGCAAAGAGCAUGGCAAUUCGAAAUCGACUGGAGAGCAACGCGGAACACUGGAACGCACUGUUGCUAUCGUUGCGCGAGCUCAUCGAGUGGGUGAUAAGAAAAGACACAGAGCUUACCGGCCUUGGACCCGUGUGCGGCGAUGUGGCCGCGCUGCAAAAACAACAGGACGACCAUCGUGGUUUCAGGAGGCAGCUUGAGGACAAACGACCGGUCGUAGAGAACAAUUUGCUGAGCGGCCGCCAGUACAUCGCCAAUGAGCCUCCGUUGUCGGAUACUUCGGACUCCGAAGCAGGCAGAGAAUUGGAUGGCGAUUCCAGAGGAUACAGAAGCGCCGAGGAGCAGGCGCGUGAAUUGACGCGGAGCAUUCGCCGCGAAGUGAAUAAACUUUCGGAGCAGUGGAACGCUUUAAUCGAACGUAGCGAUGCGUGGAAGCGGAAACUCGACGACACCGCUAACAAAAUAUGUGUCUUCCAAAAGUCUCUCGAGGAUCUCUCCUCGCGAAUGGCCGCGGCCGAGGCGAUUCAGAGCGGCUGGCAGAAUCCAAACGACGUCAACGAGGCGACCGAAAUGCUCGAGCAGUUGCAAAAAUUCGGCGAACGACUGGUACCCAUCCAGAGGAACAUCGAGGACGCGAACGAUCAGGCGAGCGUCUUCGCGUCAAGCAGCGUCAUCGUUUCUCACGCUUUACUGGCGAAACUCGAAGAUCUAAACACGAGGUGGAAGGUGCUGCAAGUCGCGGUUGACGAGCGUUACAAGUUGCUAAGCGGAUUCGGGAAGGAUGGCAGCACUCCGGGUAGUCAGGCUUUCCUCGCGAGCAGCGUAGAACCACCAUGGGAGAGAGCCCUCACACCCGCCAAAGUGCCUUACUAUAUCAACCAUCAACUGGAGACUACACAUUGGGAUCAUCCGAAAAUGAUAGAGCUGAUGUCUUCUCUCGCGGACCUAAACGAAGUUCGCUUCUCCGCAUACCGAACCGCCAUGAAACUGCGCACCGUUCAAAAGCGACUGUGCCUGGACAUGUUGAGCCUUUCUACUGCGUUGGAACAGUUUGAUUCACACGGGCUCCGGGCACAGAAUGACAAACUGAUUGACAUCCCUGACAUGGUAACAGUACUGACGUCGCUGUACGAAGUAAUCGCAGCAGACAACCAGGCGCAGGUGUCCGUGCCGCUAUGCAUUGAUCUGGCUAUCAACUGGCUGCUCAAUGUGUACGAUAGCCAACGAACCGGUCAGAUUCGAGUUCUUUCUUUUAAAGUCGGUUUGGUUCUGCUGUGCAAAGGACAUUUGGAAGAAAAAUACAGAUAUCUGUUCCGUUUGAUCGCGGAUCCCAAUAGGCUGGUGGAUCAACGAAAACUGGGUCUUCUGUUGCACGACUGCAUACAAGUGCCGAGACAAUUGGGCGAAGUCGCGGCAUUUGGAGGUUCGAACAUCGAACCCAGCGUUCGCAGUUGCUUCGAAAAGGCAGGAAAGGAUAAGAACGAAAUAGAGGCCGUGCAUUUUUUGAGCUGGCUGCAACAAGAGCCGCAAAGCAUGGUCUGGCUGCCAGUGCUGCACAGAUUAUCCGCAGCUGAAACAGCCAAACAUCAGGCUAAGUGCAACAUUUGCAAAGACUAUCCUAUUAUAGGAUUCAGAUACCGUUGCUUGAAAUGUUUCAAUUUUGACAUGUGUCAGAACUGCUUUUUCUCAGGACGCAAAGCAAAGAAUCACAAGCUAACGCAUCCGAUGCAAGAAUAUUGCACGGCGACAACAUCUGGCGAAGACGUGCGUGACUUCACACGAGCGUUGCGCAACAAAUUUAAGUCCAAACGAUACUUCAAAAAACAUCCCCGAGUCGGAUAUUUGCCUGUGCAAACUGUUUUGGAAGGAGACGCGCUCGAAAGCCCGGCGCCUUCGCCCCAACACAGCUCGCUCAGCCAAGACAUGCACUCGCGCUUAGAAAUGUACGCCUCUCGCCUUGCCGAAGUCGAGUUAUCGCGCACAAGAAGUAACUCCACGCCCGACAGCGACGACGAGCAUCAGCUAAUAGCACAUUACUGUCAGAGUCUGAACGGUGGCGACAACAUCAACGUACCGAGAAGUCCGGUUCAGGUCAUGGCCGCGAUGGAUGCUGAACAGAGAGAAGAACUCGAAGCGAUGAUACGAGAACUUGAAGAGGAGAACGCGACGCUACAAGCGGAAUACGAGAGAUUGCGCUCGAAGCAAACUCCAGGCUCGACGCCGGAAGACGGUCACGGUACUAGACAGCCCGACUGCGACAUGAUUGCAGAAGCCAAGCUUCUGAGACAGCACAAAGGAAGAUUAGAAGCACGCAUGCAGCUACUCGAGGACCACAAUCGCCAAUUGGAGGCGCAACUACAGAGACUUAGACAACUUCUGGACGAACCAAAUGCUUCUUCGCCGUCGAAGACCGGAACUUUACAAACCCGAAGUGUGACGGCAUCACAACUCGCGACUGAUUCUCCAGCAAAGAUGAAUGGCCAUUAUCAUGAUUCACCAGACAUAGGUGGUGGAAACUCAAAUGAGGGCAGAGUCAGCAGUUUAGAGAGGCCACCGCCGCCGCCACAUUCUCACAGCGUUGCUCACAAUGUGGGCAAUCUGUUGCACAUGGCAGGUGACUUAGGGAAAGCUGUAGGCGAAUUGGUGACAGUCAUGACUGAGGAUACAUCGAAGUCGAAUGGACAACGAGCGCCUCCACCGGCAUUCAAAUAACGAUUGCAUGUUCGUUCCAGCACCGACCAAGAUCGAUGCUAUAUCCACUCGACGACUAUAUCCACGUUUCGUAAUUAUUGACCAAUAACAAGUCUGGCUCUAAACGCAUAUCAGAGAUCAUGGUAUAAUCUGCCGUGCAAAUGCAGGGUCAGGGGACUCGUCUCUGUCAUCGGUGGUUUUGGGUAUUUUAUAAGUUUUGAUAUAUUCGUCGUUGUAUAGCUGAAUUAUAUCAAUAAGACGAUUUAUGGUUUGGCUUCCGGCGGUCCCCUGAGAAUAUCUUUAUUACAUAUUGACAGGUCAUAUCAUAAAACUAAUCGUAAUGAGAAAUCAAUUGUUAUGCUUGCUAGCUAAAAUAUACAAACAAAUAAGAGAUAUAAUGAAUAUAAAAACAAAUACAUGGAAGAAAAAAAUAUCAUUAACAAUGCAUGCAAAAGCAAUGUAUCAAAUCACAUAAUCUAUAUAGAUUGUAGCUUAUAUUUACAUACCCAUUCUGUUCACUGCCACGGGCUCUUCCUCGACGUAACUAUUACAUGAUGUACAUGAGAUUCUAGGAAACGACGACAGAUAAUGGAAAAUAAACAGAAUUCAUAUAUUACCUGACCCUCCCCACCCGGCGCUCCCUUUGAACUUUACAACAAUAAUCCCACAAAAGAAAGAGGACCUUUUAUAAAAACAGAGCGACGCGCAUUACAAUUUCCAAGUUUAUUUUUUAUCCAGUUACAUGAUUUUUUAUAUUUUCUAAAUGACUUUAAACGGCGAUGUCUAUUAUUUAGGUCUCUGCCGGAUGUUAUUAUAUAUAUAUAUCUAAGAGUAUAUAUAUAUAUAUACAUAUAUAUAUUAAAAAAUAUAUGUAUAAGUACCUAAAAAUAAUUAAAAAAAAAAAAAAAAAAAAACAACUGUAGGCUGUAUUCUGAUAUGUAAUAAAGUUGUCUAGGAAAAUACUUCAUCGCGAUAUUAUUGAAAUGUGUGAGGUCAUCACGUGGAAUUCUGUUAUAAAGCUUUCUCAAGCGAAUGAUGAGUUUUUAUAUUUUGAAUGAAUUUAAAAUAUACGCGCGCAUUUUUUUACACAUAUCACAGAUGCCAUAUGUUAAUAAAUACUGUAUCAUUUUUUAUGGAGGAUGCUGCUUGUGAGAAGUGUAAAAUACAUAUCUUCGAAUAAUAUCAUAUUUUAAUCAAUUUGACAAAAAAAAAAAAAUCAUCGCGAACGAGUAUCACCAUGAACCGUUAUUCGAAGCCGUUGUUAGGUAACACGAAGAUUGAUUUCACUUGUCAAAGAGUGUAAAACGAUCGAAUAUGUUUUCGAGCUCCGUCUGUAGUUUGUUGAAAGAUUGUUGGUUUUGCGAUAUUUCAUACAUUAAUAUACCGCAUUAAAAAAGUCUAGAGAAUUAGUCAUAUAAAAAGUUAUAUAUAUACUGCGUACAACAUCAAACAGGUAACUACGUUACUUGUAAUAUAUUGUAAUAUGACUGAAAUGAUAUGGGACAAAAUGCUUAAAUAAAAAUAACAUGAAAUAAA